CAGCGGAGCUCGGUGAGUGCUCCGGGGCGCCGUCUCGUCGCGUCCCUCCCGGACUAGCCUCCGGGCUGGGCCCGUGGCUUACCCCGGGCCCCGAAGAGCCCGUCUGCCCCGCCCCGAGGUACGUUGGCGCCGUCCUUCUCGGGCCGCCUCAGCCCGGCUGCGCGCCCGGAGCCCUCGGGUUCGAGUCCGUGUCUUCACUUUGUGUCGGGGCUCCGGCCCUGGCCCCGAAGGGACCCCCGGAACCUUGUCAAUGGCCGGGCGCUUCCUGCUUCCCAGUCCCCACGGCGCCUUCGUCGCCGGUAGUGCGGGGCCGCUGCCUCCAUCGCCUGGGGACUCCGCUUGUGGAAACUGAGGCACACAGGGGUGGGGCAGCCGAAUGGGGAAGGAAAAGGAGUGUCAUUCCGCGGAAGAUUGUGGUUGGUGUCGAAACCGGACUUGUCCGGGGCUGGGCUAAGCAAUCGGGUACAAAGUAAGAAAGUUGAAGUCAAAGACCAUGGGAGAUACAGCAAAACCUUACUUUGUGAAGCGCACUAAAGACCGUGGAAUUACUGAUGAUGAUGAUUUCAGAAGGGGUCAUCCCCAACAAGAUUAUUUAAUAAUGGAUGAUUAUGCUAAAGGCCACGGCAGUAAAAUGGAAAAAGGCCUUCCCAAAAAAAAGAUAGCGCCCGGGAACUAUGGGAACACCCCCAGGAAAGGACCAUAUGCGGUUUCCAGCAAUCCAUAUGCAUUUAAAAACCCAAUGUACAGCCAGCCUGCUUGGAUGAAUGACAACCACAAAGAUCAAAAUAAGAGAUGGCUGCCAGAUGAACUUGCUGGUAAUGCAGAUAGCUGGAGAGAGCUCAAGCCGGGACCUAGGAUUCCCACCAUAAGCCGGUCAAGGAAAGACUCCUUUCAAGAAAGUGACGAGUGCUACAGGUGGCCGGACGGCAGAGGCUGCAGAGCAGCCAGAAGGCUGUUUCAGAAGGACAUCACCGGCCUGGAAGCCAUGUCAGAGAUGGAAGCAGGAAGCCCUGAAAACAAGAAACAGCGGUCCAGACCUCGGAAGCCACGGAGGACUAGAAAUGAAGAGAGUGAGCAGGAUGGAGAGUUGGAGGGGCCUGUGAUUGACGAGUCUGUACUUUCAACAAAGGAGCUUCUGGGCUUACAUCAGGCCGAGGAACGGCUGAAGAGAGACUGCAUCCACAGGCUAAAAAGGCGACCAAGAAAUUGCCCUACAGCAAAAUACACCUGCAAGCUGUGUGAUGCUCUGAUGGACUCCAUCCCGUUUGCUCAUAAGCAUAUCAAGGAGAAGAGGCACAAGAAGAACCUCAGGGAAAAGCAGGAGGAAGAGUUGCUCACUACACUGCCCCCGCCCACACCCUCCCAGAUAAAUGCAGUUGGCAGUGCCGUUGACAGAGUGGUGCAGGAGUUCGGUUUACACAAUGAAAACCUGGAUCAGAGGCUAGAAAUCAAGCAUGUCAUGGAAAGUGUCUUCCAGCACAAACUACCAGACUGUUCUCUUAGGCUGUAUGGAUCUUCCUGUAGCAGACUCGGCUUCAAAGACUCAGAUGUGAACAUUGAUGUUCAGUUUCCAGCUAUCAUGUCUCAGCCAGAUGUCCUCUUACUUGUUCAAGAAUGUUUAAAGAACAGUGACUCCUUCACUGACGUGGACGCUGACUUCCACGCCCGGGUGCCCGUGGUGGUGUGCAGAGAUAAGCAAAGUGGUCUUCUUUGUAAAGUGAGUGCAGGAAAUGAAAAUGCGUGUCUGACCACAAAGCACCUAAUGGCGCUUGGAAAACUAGAGCCAAGGCUGGUUCCUCUGGUGAUUGCAUUUAGAUACUGGGCAAAGCUUUGUAGCAUCGACCGCCCUGAAGAAGGAGGCCUGCCGCCAUACGUGUUUGCUCUGAUGGCCGUUUUCUUUCUUCAGCAAAGGAAAGACCCUCUCUUGCCAGUUUAUCUAGGAUCAUGGAUUGAAGAAUUCUCAUUAAAUAAAUUAGGAAAUUUCAGCCUUAAAGACAUUGAGAAAGACUCCGUGGUCUGGGAGUACACCGAUGACACCACAGGGGGCGCCAGCACUACAAAAGAGGAGGCCCCCAAAGAGACGCCCAGGAAGAUGGGGCAGGUGCCAUUGACAUUUAAUAUAAAACACCAGCCUUCAGUGCCAGUUGGGCAGCUCUGGGUGGAAUUGCUGCGGUUCUAUGCUUUAGAGUUUAAUCUGGCUGAUUUAGUGAUCAGUAUUCGCGUCAAAGAAUUGAUAUCCCGGGAAUCAAAGGACUGGCCCAAAAAGCGCAUCGCUAUUGAAGACCCCUAUUCUGUUAAAAGAAAUGUGGCGAGGACCCUGAAUAACCAACCCGUGUUUGAGUACAUACUUCAUUGUUUGAGGACAACAUACAAAUAUUUUGCUCUUCCACAUAGAGUCACAAAACCCAACCUCACAAAGCCUCCUAGUCCCGUUACCCAUGUUUCAGACCCAGAUAAAGGAGCAAGGAAUUGUGGCCCGAAGCUCCAAGCUACAGAAACUGAUAAACCGGGGAAAGCAGCUGUGGCCCAAGGUCCUGGUGCGCCCACUUCAGAAGCCUGCAAGGCACAACCGCUUAUUCUUAAAAGUACCCCUGAGCAGUUGGGAAGCCCACCAAAGGAGAUACACCAGACAGAGGUCCAUUGCGAGGGCUGUGAGGAUGCCAUGGCACAGCAUCAAGAAACAGAAAGUGGCAACGAGAAAGUCAGAAGGAAGACCGGGCGUCUUUGGAGCACUGAUGAUCACAGCUUAAGCUGCAGCAAGCAUCCAGAACUUCAGAACUGUGGCGGCCUGUGUGGUCUCCAGGCAGACAACACCCUGGAGUUAGUCGGGCUCCGGAGCCCUGGAGCCAAGGAGCGGGACAGCUGCGCCUCCUUGGAUGACAAGGCUGACGUAAAUGAAGGACACACGGACGGCGCUGAUGAACUGGAGGAGUCUCUGAACCGCUUUUCCCCGGGAGUCCAGGGCCAGGCCUCAGCAGUCAUGCACUUCGAUGAUGACGACGAUGAGGAGGAGGAUGAAGAGCCCGGGCUCAGCAUGAACCACACAGAGGAUGAGGAGGGGGUUGUUAGUGAACACCAGGAGGACAACAGGCACACUGGGUCGGGUGAGGAGGAUGUCUUCUCUGAAGAGGAUGACUUGGCUGAGCCUGCUAAGAACAAAGAUCUCGACGCGUGUGGAGAACCCAUGGAUGGGACUUUACUCAUAGACCUAAACAGAAUAAGUCUUAACGAGAAAAGCUUUCCUGAGGAAAAUUCACCCAGGGACCAGUCUGACUUCUUCUAUGAAUUUAGAAAACUGGCCUUCACCAAAGGCAAGUCUCCCACAGUAGUGUGUAGCUUGUGUAAGCGAGAAGGCCAUCUAAAGAAGGACUGUCCUGAGGACUUCAAGAGAAUCCAACUGGACCCUCUGCCACCACUGACACCCAAGUUCUCAAAUAUCUUAGACCAAGUUUGCAUCCAGUGUUACAAGGAUUUUUCUCCAACUCUUGUAGACGAUCAGGCUCGCGAACAUAUCCGGCAAAAUCUAGAAAGUUUCAUAAAACAGGACUUUCCAGGAACUAAGUUGAGCUUGUUUGGCUCCUCCAAAAAUGGAUUUGGGUUCAAACAGAGUGACCUUGACGUCUGUAUGACAAUUAACGGACAUGAAACUGCUGAGGGGUUAGACUGUGUACGAACUAUUGAAGAGCUGGCCAGAGUCCUCAGAAAGCAUUCAGGCCUGAGGAAUAUCCUGCCCAUCACAACAGCCAAGGUGCCCAUUGUGAAAUUCUUCCAUCUAAGAAGUGGUCUAGAGGUCGACAUCAGCUUGUAUAACACACUGGCUCUUCAUAACACAAGACUCUUAUCUGCAUACUCCGCCAUUGACCCCAGAGUGAAAUAUCUGUGCUACACCAUGAAAGUGUUUACAAAGAUGUGUGACAUCGGUGACGCGUCCCGAGGCAGCUUGUCCUCCUAUGCCUACACUCUUAUGGUGCUAUACUUUCUUCAGCAGAGGUCUCCACCUGUCAUCCCUGUGCUCCAAGAGAUAUACAAAGGUGAAAAGAAACCAGAAAUACUUGUUGAUGGCUGGAAUAUUUACUUUUUUGAUCAAAUAGAUGAACUGCCCACUUGUUGGCCAGAAUAUGGAAAAAAUACAGAAUCUGUUGGGCAGCUGUGGUUGGGACUUCUCCGCUUCUACACAGAGGAGUUUGAUUUUAAGGAGCAUGUAAUCAGCAUCAGAAGAAAAGGUCUGCUGACGACUUUUAAGAAACAGUGGACCUCAAAAUACAUCGUUAUUGAAGAUCCUUUUGAUUUGAAUCAUAAUCUUGGUGCUGGAUUAUCAAGGAAAAUGACAAAUUUUAUAAUGAAAGCUUUUAUCAAUGGUAGAAGAGUAUUUGGAAUUCCGGUAAAAGGAUUUCCAAAGGACUACCCCUCAAAAAUGGAAUACUUUUUUGAUCCAGAUGUUCUAACUGAGGGAGAACUGGCUCCGAAUGACAGGUGUUGCCGAAUUUGUGGAAAAAUCGGACACUUCAUGAAGGACUGCCCCAUGAGGAGAAAAGUGAGGCGGCGGCGAGACCAGGAAGAUACCCCGAACCAAAGAUACUCUGAGAGCAAAGAAAAACGGAGCAAAGAGGACAAAGAAAUUCAGAACAAGUACACAGAAAAGGAAGUGUCGGCAAAAGAAGAUAAGCCCACACAGUGCGCAGCUGUGAAAGCGAAGCCAGCGAGGCCAGUUGGGGACCUGGGGCGGGAGAAGAUUCUCAGGACACCAGUGGAAAAAUGGAAGAGACAGGAUGACAAAGACUUGAGAGAAAAACGUUGUUUCCUUUGUGGAAGAGAAGGACACAUUAAGAAGGAAUGCUCACAGUUCAAAGGCUCUCCAGGUUUGUGUCAGUCUUCACCUAGCCCUUUGAGACCAGUUGCUCAGGUAAAAGCCAGCCCAAACCUGAGAAGGGAGCCCUGUUCACUCUGUCCUGCUCACUCCCCAGAGUCUUCUGGAGUGCUUGAAGCUGUGUGCUGGGCCCUCCUGGCUGGCCUGUGUGCUUCCUCCUCCUGUGCCCCAUGUACUGUGUGGCAGUGCUUUUACAUGAAGACAAAAAGAAACAAAAAACAACCAUAUUUUUGAGUCCCCAGUCAGGUAGCCUUUCCAGUAAAUACAUGACUCAGGGGAAAGCCUCGGUGAAGAGGACCCAGCAAGAAUCAUGAGGGAAGGAAAUGCAGCCCUGGAAAUGGCACUGAGAUGUCCCUAUCCACGUGGAAAAUUAGGUUCACUUCACAGGACAUAGCAACACAGAUCAGGCUUCAACGUAACAGUUGAGGGAAAUGUCGGAAUUUUAAAAAUUUAAAUGAAAUUGUUAAAUGAGGAAAAGAAAAAUUUUAAUACAGUCUUAACAUCAACCCCCAGAGAUCUGAAGCUUUUAAUAGAAAGCCAUGAGGUAUUUAAGCCAAGUUAAAAGAAAAAAUAUAACUGUGGGCCAGUAUUCAAUGGCAACAGUGUCAUGGUUUUUAAUUCUUUCAGAGCACACUAAAGUAGUGUGUGCUGCUCACAGGAGGAAUUAGCCUCCUUUCCCCAUAUAUCCCUUUCCUUCCCAAGAGGGAUUCUGUUUGUUGCUGGGUCCUGGUGUGGACUGUGCUGCUCUACUUGGGGUCUACAAGCAUUCUUCAUGGUUCUCUGAAGAAGUGCUAACACAGGAUGCAGGCCCUAUGGACGUGGACACAGGCCUCAAUGGAUGGCAGUACUGCUGGACAUCUCCCUCCGGGGCUUCCUUCUCUACGUCAAUCCGCACAGAACUGCUGUGCUCAUAAAAAUGAAGUCAUGAAAACAAGUAAUCCUGUUUGCCAGUUAAAAAAAAAAAUUACAAGGGGAAAAUGACUGACAGAAUAAAAGUGCUUUUUACUUUCUUUGAUACUCAGAAAUUAGGGUGGAGAUCUAUUACAAACCUCUGAAGAUCAAAGAGGCUGUCUCGUGUCUGUCAGUCACAAGUUUGAUUGGCAUCCUUCUGGGUCUGACUGGAGCCCUCUCUGAACUGUUUCUCUAACUUCACAAGCCUUUCUGAAAUAGUACAUAGUCAAACUAUGCCUCGGUUUAUUUAUCAUUUUAAAAUAAAAUCGAACUUUCAACCUGUAA